GCCCAGGUUUGCUUAGGGCGUGGAGGCUGCGGAUAAAGGCAGGACCCAGGCUAAGCAGUCCCGCUCUCUCCCGGAACCUGAACCUCCACGCAGCAGCCUGUGGAGCACGCAGCCCAGCGGAGUUUCAAGGCCAGGCUUUCUGCCCUGGGGUGAGCUGUGUUCCCUGGAUAAGGAGCACAGUAGCAGGGGAUUGGGAACCAGAGGCAUCCCGGUGGCCCUGCUAAAGCUGGACCUCCCCCCUAGAUCCCUCCAGGCCAGCUCUCCGACAUGCAAGAGGUGGCCCUGAGCCUGCUCGUCCUCCUGGCAGGCCUGCCUGCCUUGGAUGCCAACGACCCGGAAGAUAAAAACAGUCCUUUCUACUACGACUGGUUCAGGCUCCGUGUCGGCGGGCUCAUCUUCGCAGCGGUCUUGUGCGCCGUUGGCAUCAUCGUCCUCAUGAGUGGGAAAUGCAAAUGCAAGUUCAGCCGGAAGCCCCGUCACUAUCCAGGGGAUGCCCCACCUCUCAUCACUUCAGGCUCUGCCCAUAACUGUUGAGGAUGGAUCAGCGGAAAGAGCACCGAGGGCCACUCUUUCCCCAAGUCCUGGCUCUGCACUGGAUCCUAAACUCCAGGAUGGAAUUCUCAGACCACCUGGCCAGGGCUCCAUCUCAUCUCUCACUGGAGGGGGUCUUUGUUCAAUUUUCACUCUUAAAUGAUCUUGCCUCAUGCCCAA